GUAACACCUAUGAAUGUGACUGUACACCUGGGUUUGCCGGCACCCAAUGUAAUGAAAGAGAUAUUACAAUCAUGUGUGCAAUGAACAGAUGUCUCAAUGGUGGCAUCUGUGUGAUUAUGAAAGACAACACUGAAGUUUGCUCAUGUCAGGUGGGAUGGACUGGAUCUCGGUGUGAAUCAGACAUUAACGAAUGUGAAGAAAAUGAACAUCUGUGUGUGCAUGGUGAAUGUCUAAACGCACCAAAUGGACAAACUAAUUAUACAUGCAACUGUAAAAAUGGCUGGGAAGGCAAAUUUUGUCAUAUUCCUAUCUAUGAAUGUACAUCAAAUCCGUGUCGAAAUGGGGGCACAUGUAAGGAUCAUGAAGGAUAUUACGUAUGUACUUGUAAAGAGGGGUAUUCAGGAGAUAAUUGCGAACAAGUGAAUCCACAAGUGAUAGAUGGCACAGCCAAACCAUCUAUAGAUAGUGUAGGUGGUUUAGAGAUGUAUUGGUUUAUUAUCAUCAUUGUCAUUGGUAUCCUUCUACUUAUAUGCCUAACUGUACUCUGUGUGUACACUUGUCCAUCUCCCAAGAGUCGAAAAUACAAACAUACAGUUUAAAGAACGUAAUCUAAUGAUUUCAUAUCUGUUAAUAAUUCAUGUAAUAUUAAAACGUGUUAACCAACAAAUUGAACCAAUAACUUGUCAUUUUUAAAGUGUAAGAUGCUCUGUUAUUGCACAUAUAUAAUGAAAUACAUUACUCGUGGCAGUGUUUUAAAUACAUUUAAGUACAUAUGAUGUCAUGUUUUUUUACUGAAUGGGUACAAGUAUUUUUUUGUAACUUAUAUGGUGCAUUUGAACACGUAAAUAAACUUCCAUAAAUAUUAUAAAAGAUAACCACCACUAAAAAAAACAUUGACACAAACAAGAUGAAAUUUAAUAAAUAUUCAUGAAAAUGAUGGUGUCUGCAGCAAGCGAUGUUAAGUUUCUUUAGAGCGUUUUCAGAAAACUAAACAUUUGACCUGAGAAUAUGUACCAUAUUUACUCUAUUAAACACGCGUCUCAUUUAGAAGCAAACAGUUGCAUAUAUUGUAUACAGGGCUAGUGAAAUAUGACUUAUUUUGAUCAUAGACACCUUUUAUUUACACAUAUGCUUCUAAUAUAGUGAAUGCAUAGGUACUACAAUGAUACCAUGGCAUAUCAGAAAACAUAGGCUUUUUUUAACUUUAGAUUUGUUUUAAUUGUUCAGUCUAUAUAUAUCUUGUGUUUUUCAGAGUCAGAUUGCCAACUGAAUUUGAAUGUUUUUAUUAUAUUAUUGUAACUUUUGUAAAACGUCUUUUUCAACUGAAUGCUAUUUUUAUAUUACCGGUACAAUUGUAAUUGUACUUUUUUAUUAAUUGGUCAUGUGUAAUUAUUCAAUUUGAAUAAAUAAUUCUCAUUGUUUUCAA